AUGUCUUCGAUAAAGUGCAUUACUUUCGAAGAAGAACUGAGGAAAAAUCCAGAACUAAAGUUAUCGGAUAUACGGAUUCUCAGAGAAUGGUGCGAAAAACAAGCACAUCUGCCGAAAAUCCAGGACGUGGAGCUCGCCGUAUUUCUACACAGCAAUUACUAUCAUAUAGAACCGACGAAAAGUACGAUCGAGAAUUAUUAUACUUGUAGAACUCACGCGCCAGAAUUAUUUUCCAACAGGGACAUACGGAAAGUGAAACGAUUACGAGACACUUUCAAUGUCAUAACCAACUUUCAACUAGAGGCUAAAACAAAGGAGGGAUAUAGCAUAAUAUUUUCUCGACUUAUCGACGUGGAUCCUACGCAUUUCUUCUACAAUGAAUCAGCAAAUGCUAAUUUUAUGUCGUACGAGGAAUAUCUUUGGACUCACGGAUCGACAUUGGGACAAAUCUUUGUCAGUGAUGUCACAGGCUUCGCAAUGGGACAUAUGGGACGUAUGAACUUAGUAACUAUGAAGAAAAUACUAUAUUACGUCCAAAAUGCUAUGCCAAUGCGCCUCAAAGGAGUUCAUAUGAUAAAUAUGUCGCCAAUGGUCGAAAAAAUGUAUAAUAUGAUGAAACCUUUAAUCAAGGAUGAACUGAUAAAUUUGAUACACUUUCACACAUCUUUGCAAAGUGCGAGCGAAUAUUUUCCAAUAGAAGCAUUACCUAACGAGCUUGGUGGGAAAGCAGGCACAUUAGAGGAACUUAAAAACGCAAAAUUAAAAAAAAUCGAGAACUUUCAAGAAUGGUUUUUGCAAGACGAAAAAAAUAAUCGCGUGAACGAAUCAUUACGGAUCGGCGAAAGUAAGACAUCUAAUGAUCUGUUUGGAAUAGACGGUAGUUUCAAAAAACUAGAAAUCGAUUAAGUCGAUCUGACGAUGUACUAAUUACAAAACGUACUGCUAGAUAAAUAACGAAUUCGAGGAAAGGGAAAUGCUUCUGGCUAUUUAUUUCAUUAAAAUGAUAAUUUGACUUGUGGAACGUUACAGAAAUUUAUAAAUAUCCACAAUGAGAACAUAUAAUUGAUAUGCCGAGUGAUAAAGAUUGUAAUUAGUAAAGAAGAUUGUUAUUAAUAAAAUCAAAAUCACUAAUUAGUUAUUACUUUUGGUCUACGUGGUAAUUAAAGUCAACUUUCGGAAACCAAGUAAAUUUCUUUGACAUAAGUAAUUAUUGUGCAUUUUUACUGUUGUGUAAUUAUUGUGCAUUUUAACGUUUAUAUUGCUAUUUUAUUUAUAGUCUUCUAGUUAAAACAUAAUAUUUCAUCCGACAUCGGUAUGGAGCUAGUUGGGCCAAAUGUACCAACUAACUCCUUGUAAUCUGAUGUCUUAAAUGAAACGUCCCUUUGUUGGUAAUUGGAUUUGUUUUGUUAAAUCUGACGUUGCCCGGCUCAGUUUUCGGUGUAGCCAUUGCGAGAGUCAACAAGCUAGAUCCACAAAUUAGGAUUGCGAACCGAUUGCAUAAGACGUGACAACCGUUUUCUCGUUUAGAUAAUAAUAAAUUUGGCCUAACUUUGAAAAAGUUUCACCCUGAGACUUCUUGAAACAUUCUAGAAAUGCCUGAUUGUAAAAUCACUUCGCGAAAACUUGUGUGCCUUUAUGAUUCAAAUUACCUCUAGAAGUGGCUCAACAUGCCCCAAAAGUGAGGUACGUUGAGUCACUGAUUUUUUGUACUCAAGCCGAACGUUUUCUUAUUUAUAAAAUAUAUUUAAGAUCGAUGUGUA